AUACCCACGAUUCACAAUUUCCGGCAGACACCACCGACACACGCCCCGGCGCACGUUGCUAAUUUGCGCUUCCUUCCUUCUUUCUCGUUGAAUGAUUUAUCAACGUUUCUCUAUUUCCUGCGAAAUUCCCUCCUUCAAUUCUGGAUUCCCCUCUCUCUCUCUCUCUGCUUGUUUCCAUUUUCUGCUGAUUCCUGUCUCUCAGUUGCAGUUGUUUGUUCCCCUCUGUUUCCAGCUGAAUCAAUCAAUCAGUCAGUGAUCACAUUCAUUGCUGCUUCUAGGUUUUUUGUGUGCCUGUAACUGUGUCUGUGACCAAUGAAUUGCUAAAUUUGGUGAUUCAAUUUGCAAAAUGAGGCGCCGCUCUGACCAAAUGGAAAGAUCAGCAAAGAACCAGAUUUCCCGGGUAUGCUGUUUAGCAUCAUUGUCUGCAUUCUUCUGGUUCUUUCUCUUGUACUUCCAUUUUGUUAUCCUUAGAGGAGGACAUAAUAAUACCAAUACUAAUACUAAUACUAAUCAUUAUGUUGAGAGUGAGACCAAAUCAACACCUGUUUAUGUAACUGAUGAUCCUCAAGUUCAAGCCCCUCCUACAAAGAUUGGCUUCACUGAUUCUGAACCCGAGGUUCGAAAGAGUGAUACUGAGAGUGAGAGUGAGAGUGAGACUACUGGCCAUGAUGAGAAGAAUUACCCUUUUAUGAAAGCAAUGAGAGCUGCUGAAAAUAAGAGUGAUCCAUGUGGGGGGAGGUAUAUUUAUGUGCAUGAUCUUCCGUCGAGGUUUAACGAGGACAUGUUGAAGGAGUGUAAGAGUUUGAGUCUUUGGACUAACAUGUGUAAGUUCACAACCAAUGCUGGCCUUGGGCCGCCGCUUGAGAAUGAUGAAGGGGUGUUCUCUGAUACUGGCUGGUAUGCCACGAAUCAGUUUGCUGUUGAUGUGAUAUUCAGUAACCGGAUGAAGCAGUAUGAGUGCUUGACGAAUGAUUCGUCUGUUGCUGCUGCGGUUUUCGUUCCCUUUUAUGCGGGGUUUGAUAUUGCGCGUUUCCUUUGGGGGUAUAAUAUUUCUGUGAGGGAUGCGGCUUCGGUUGAUCUGGUUGACUGGCUUAUGAAGAGGCCAGAGUGGAGCAUCAUGAAUGGGAGAGAUCAUUUUCUUGUUGCGGGAAGGAUAACGUGGGAUUUCCGGAGAUUAUCUGAGGAAGAGUCAGACUGGGGAAAUAAGCUUCUGUUUUUACCGGCAGCGAAGAAUAUGUCGAUGCUUGUGGUCGAGUCCAGCCCCUGGAAUGCAAAUGAUUUUGGGAUUCCAUAUCCUACAUACUUCCACCCUGCAAAUGAUGCCGAUGUAUUCAGUUGGCAGGACAGAAUGAGACGGUUAGAGAGGAAGUGGCUUUUCUCUUUUGCUGGAGCUCCCAGACCUGACAACCCAAAAUCAAUCAGGGGUCAAUUAAUUAACCAAUGCAAAUCGUCACGCGUUGGUAAGCUGUUGGAAUGUGACUUUGGUGAAAGCAAAUGUCAUUCUCCCAGCAGCAUAAUGCAGAUGUUUCAAAGCUCGCUUUUCUGCCUGCAACCCCAGGGUGAUUCAUACACCAGAAGAUCUGCAUUUGAUUCAAUGUUAGCUGGUUGCAUACCUGUCUUCUUCCAUCCUGGUUCAGCAUAUACACAAUAUUUUUGGCAUCUCCCCAAGAAUUAUACCAAGUAUUCUGUCUUCAUCCCAGAGGAUGAUAUUCGGAAGAGGAAUGUCAGUGUAGAGGAAAGGCUUAGUCAGAUACCUCCUGAGCAAGUGAAAAUUAUGAGAGAAGAGGUCAUUAGUCUUAUUCCAAGACUGGUAUAUGCCGACCCUCGCUCCAAGUUAGAAACUCUUAAAGAUGCAUUUGAUGUUGCUGUUCAAGCUAUAAUUGACAAGGUUGCAAAUUUGAGGAAGGAUAUUAUUGAAGGCCAUAUUGAUGAGAACUUUAUUGAGGAGAACAGUUGGAAAUAUGCUUUGUUGGAUGAGGGACAGCAUGAGGUCGGAGCUCACGAAUGGGAUCCUUUCUUCUCAAAACCAAAGGAUGGUAGUGGUUGAGAUUCCAGUGAUUCCUCUGCCAAGGCAGCCAAAAUAUCUUGGAAGAAUGAUCAAAGAAAUCAAUCGUAAAAGUGAGAAAAAGAAAUUGAUCUAUAGGAGCUGCGUGAGGUUUAAUGCUGACAUAGAAAUGCUUUCCCAGAAUUGGUGAUGAAUUUUAUUGUUAGGGUCUUGCUGCUUCCUAAGUAUAUUGAGCCGGCUUCCUCAUUGAAAACCCUGGCAUGGAGGCUUAUUCUUUGCUUUAAACAUUUUUGUUAAAUAGUUUUUUCUUAUUUCUGCUCCUGUACUCUCCUCAGUGGUUCCUAGAAUGCAUUUUGCAAGGUUUAAUUUCUUUUCUGUAAUAUUUCUGUUCAUUUGAUACAUAUAGUAUAGGAAAUAAAAACAAAAUUGAUUAUGGUUGAUGGUAAACUCUAAAAAGUUUUACCAGUGAAGUCACAGAUAGAUCAGUUCUAUUGAGGCAUGUCCAAAUUAGUUUCUUUUGAUAAUUUUCAUGGAAAUGUCUUACUUUUCUCUACUUCUUCAUUUAUUUGAUUCUGUUCCUUUUUUCUAGCUAA